AAUUCAAAGAGAUGAAGUAGCCUUCUUGUGCUAACAACAAUGCCUCGCCUUGUUGGCCACGUYUCGUGCUUGCAGACUUUCCCAGUGAAGUCUUGUAAAGGAAUCAAACUUAACAGCGCUUGGUGCUACUAUGAAGGGUUGGAACACGACAGGCGCUGGGCUGUUGUUGGAGAUGAAACUGGUCAGUGCCUGAGUAUGAAAGAUUACCCAAAGAUGUGUCUAGUGGAACCUGAGUURCAAGAUGAUUGUCUACGYCUUAAUGCACCUGACAUGGAACCACUAACAAUCAUGUUACCUCUACAGGCACAAGAAAUCAAGGAUGUAAGGGUUGGUAAGGCCGGUACGUCUGGCAAGGGUCAGUCAGCUGGUCCUGAAGCAGCAACAUGGAUAUCAAAGUACUUGGAUACCAAAUGUUCCAUUUAUCAGCUUACAGAUCCACGCUACCUUAAAGGACACAAGUAUGGAGCUUUGGCAAAGGAUCAUGACAAGACUGGUUUUGCUUCCUUUGCUCCAGUCCUGUUGUGUACCACAGAAGCACUCAAUGAAGUAAACAAGAAUACAACAGAACCCUUCAGCAUGGAUCGCUUUAGACCCACUAUCAUCAUAUCAGACACAACACUUUAUGAUGAAGAUAACUGGAAAAGUCUUUAUAUUGGUGAUAAAAGUGUACAGCUGCGUUUUCUGAGAAGAUGUGGAAGGUGCGCAAUGGUCAGAAUUGACCCGGAUUCUGCUGUAAAAACGCAGGAAGAACCCUUCAAAAUUCUUGAAAAGACCCGUCUGCCAUUACCAGAAAACAGAAAACGAGAAGGCUAUUCGCCGAUCUUUGGUGUGUAUUUUGCAGUUGAGAAAGAAGGAUCCAUUCGUGUUGGUGACCCUGUMUAUGAAUGCUCAGAAUAGUUGACAUUGAGAUUAUUAUUAUGUAAUGUGUAUUUAGAUMAUCAAUAAAAGCAAUUUUUCAA